AUGCCGACCGGCUCGCAGUCAAAUAAUGAUAAAACUGUACCUACAAUUAAGAUUGUCAAUAAUCGGAUUGUAAACAAAAACACGAAACCAACACAAUCAAACAACCGCUCACUAAGCAAUACAAGUGAUACAGUAUUCAACGAAAAUGAUGAAAACGAACAAAGCUUUAUCUCUGUCAAAUCUUAUAAACGAAAUCUGUCCACAACUACCCUUAGCUCACCCGAACACAAAAAAACAAAACCCUUAUUCGUAUCAUCAAACAGAUUUGCCGCGCUCGAGAUUCAAGAACCAAAUACCAGUAAAGCAACACAUACAAACGAUGUAUUAAUGUCCGAUAAUAAUAAUGACAACAAGUACACGCAAAAAAAUCGAGAACCUCUUCCUCCACCCAUUUUCGCCAGAGGCAUCGAAAACUUCACAAACGUAAAAGACGAAAUCGUAAAAUUAGUUUCUCCCGAUAAAUUUGUAUUCAAAUCCUCAUCAUUAAAUUUAAAAAUCCAAGUCGUAAAGCCAACUGCCUAUCGUAAAGUUAUUGAAUUUUUCAAAAAUAACAAAGCCGAGUACCACACAUACCAAGCUAAAGAAGACAAAGCUUUUAGAAUUGUAAUCCGUAACCUCCACUCAACAACUUCAACCACUGACAUUACAGAAGCACUUAAUGAAAUCGGAUUCUCUGUAAGAUAAGUAUCUAACGUUAUCCACAAGCAAACCAAAACACCAAUGCCUCUGUUUUUUAUAGACUUAGAACCCUCUCCUCUAAACACGGAUAUUUUUAAAAUCGACCGAUUACUUUACACCAAAAUAAAAAUUGAAGAGCCACACAAACAUCGAGAAAUAAUUCAAUGUCAGAAUUGUCAAGAGUAUGGGUACACAAAAAAAUACUGCGCCUAUCCAUUCAGAUGUGUCCGAUGUGGGGACCAUCAUCCCUCAAAUAUAUGCAAGAAACCACGAGAUACUCCCGCCAAAUGUGCCCUCUGCAAUGGCGACCACCCGGCCAAUUACAGAGGCUGCCGGAUCCAUAAACAACUCCAACAACUUCGUCAACCUAAUCAGACAUCGUAUAACUUCGUAUAA